AUAGAAUGUCCAUUGCAAUCUCAUCCAAAUAACAAAAAUUAUAACCAAACAUUGAAAUAUGAGUCCUAUGAGUUAAUAAUACCAAUCCAAUACUAUAAUUCGUCCAAUCAAAUUCAAUCCAAGAGUCCUAAAUGUGUGUUGUUGUGUUGCAUUAAAGGGAAUUUGUGGACUACAAGCGCACACAUAAUAACAGCCAUAAUAGGUUCAGGAGUUCUGUCCCUGGCCUGGUGUGUGGCUCAACUCGGAUGGGUCGUUGGAGUCGCCACACUGCUCAUCUUCUCCCUCAUCACACUCUAUACUUCCAAUCUCCUAGCAGAUUGUUACCGAUCUCCCGAUCCAGCCACCGGCAAAAGAAACUACACCUACACCGAUGCUGUCAAAACAAACUUAGGGGGAGCAAUGUAUGUGGCAUGUGGAAUUGUUCAAUAUGCCAACCUCUGUGGGAUGGUUAUUGGCUAUACAAUCACUGCCUCAAUAAGCAUGGUGGCCAUAAAAAAGUCAAAUUGCUAUCACAAUAGAGGUCGUGAAGCUCAAUGCAGUUUUUCCAAUAACCCAUACAUGAUUGGGUUGGGAAUUCUUGAGAUUUUUCUUUCUCAAAUCCCAGACUUCCACAAGCUUUCAAUGCUCUCCAUUGUUGCAGCAUUCAUGUCCUUUGGUUAUUCCUUCAUUGGAAUGGGACUUGCCUUCGCAAAGGUUGUCUCAGGGGGAGGACAGAGGACUACCAUGACAGGAGUCGAAGUUGGGAUAGACAUAUCUGCGGCUGAGAAAACCUGGAGAAUGUUUCAAGCAUUUGGCGACAUCGCAUUCGCUUUCUCAUAUUCUCAACUUCUUAUUGAAAUCCAAGACACAUUGAAAUCAUCAAAACCUGAAAACAAAGUGAUGAAAAAGGCUAACGUGAUGGCGUUGUUGACGACUACAACAUUCUAUAUGAUGUGCGGUUGUUUUGGCUACGCAGCAUUUGGGGAUCGUGCACCAGGCAAUUUGCUAACCGGCUUUGGAUUUUACGAGCCAUUUUGGUUAGUCGACAUGGCCAACAUUUUCAUUGUGGUGCACCUCGUGGGAGCAUAUCAGGUAUUUUCACAACCCGUGUUUAGCGCGGUCGAGUCGUGGGCUAACAUGAGGUGGUCCAAGUCCACAUUCGUAAUGGGGGAGUACCCGAUGGCCAUUGGCAACAAGUUCAAGUUCAAUGCCAAUUUCUUCAGGCUAACCUGGAGAACCAUAUUUGUCAUACUGGCAACCACUCUGGCAAUGGCGUUACCCUUCUUCAAUGACAUACUUGCCCUUCUGGGCGCCAUCGGGUACUGGCCGCUCACAGUUUUUUUCCCGGUGGAGAUGUACAUCGCGAAGAGGAGAAUCAGGAGGUGGACUAACCGGUGGCUCGGGCUCCAGCUCAUAAAUGUGGUGUGCUUCCUUGUUGCAUUGGCUGCAACCUGUGGCUCAAUCCAAGGUCUGAGUAAGGCUUUCAAUGCCUACAAGCCCUUUCAGGCCAAAGAGUAAAAUAACAAGCUCUUCAAAUAAAAUAUAUAAUCAUAUGAGCUAGUAUUAUCGGUCAUUGAGUUUGUGUCCAUGCAAGCAUUAUGUGAUGCUCUGCUAAUUAAUUAGAAUCUAUUUUGCAAGUGUUUGAGAAAUGUCUGUGAAAGUUGUUUUAUUAGUUGAAUCCGUGACUUGGCUUUGUAUUAAGCAAUUAUAAAUCUACUAUGCAACUCUAAUUUCUAAGCAAC